AUGUCCACCCAGCCCGCAACCGCCGACCAGUCCAACCUCACGGCCGAGGAGAAGCUCGCCCAGCUGAAAGCCCAGCUCUCGAACCUGUAUGCCGGCGGAGAGAAGGAGGGAGCACAGCAGGCCCCUGCAGCGGCCGACCAGCAGACGCCACAGGCGCCGGGCAGCCUCCCCUUCGACGACUUCGUGCUCGGUCGUGUGCGCGAGAAGGACGAGAGCAGCAACAAGGGCAAGGAGGAGACCGGCCUCCCCAUCCUCGACUUUGGCGGCGAGACCGCUUGA